CAUUGACACUACGUGCGUGUUGAGCGUCAGUUACGCUGUGACUUGUGAACCGUCUAAAAUAUUUAAAAGUAAAAAUGGUGUCAGAUAAAUUAUUUUCAGGUGUCUGUUUAUGCUGAUUGAGAGAUCCACGUGCACACAGAUCUGCAAACAGAAAGUUGUUUAAAGAAAUUUCAAACCGAAUAAUUUUAAUAAUUAAAAGUAAGGAUAUCUGCCGCCAGCUUCCCUAAAGUGUAAAUAGAAAUUCAUGAGUGUACAAUGUCAAACAUAAUCUAUAUAACAGCAAAAUACGGAAAACAAUAGGGAAAAUUAAACGUUGAUUCAGUUAUGUUUUAAAACAUUUUUGAAAGAUAGUCUCUAAGCACCGAGUGAUCCUGAUUUUCAUCCACUAUGAAAACCGAAGUAACAACGAUGUCAGGAUAUGUCAAGUGAAGUGACACAGUUGAUCAACUCAAGUGUGCUAGUGGUAGGCAACUCCUCCGACAACUACACUGGCGACGAUGACCAGUCCAACCACAACCAGUUCAUCCUGCCUCUGUGGAAGCAGUUGCUGUGGACGUUCCUGUACGCUGGCAUGGUUGUGGUGGCCACCGGAGGCAACUUGAUCGUCAUAUGGAUAGUGCUGGCUCACAAGCGCAUGAGAACUGUCACCAACUACUUCCUGGUCAACUUGUCCGUCGCUGACGCCAUGGUCUCCACUCUCAAUGUCACCUUCAACUUCGUCUACAUGCUCAACAGCGACUGGCCCUUCGGCACCCUCUACUGCAAGAUCAGCCAGUUCGUCGCCGUACUCUCCAUCUGCGCCAGUGUCUUUACCUUGAUGGCCAUCUCGAUAGACAGGUACAUGGCUAUAAUUCACCCCUUGAGACCCAGGAUGGGGCGUCGGGCUACUCUCGCCAUUGCAAUCGCCAUAUGGAUCGUCGCCUCCAUCUUCUCCAUACCACAGUUCAUCUUUUUUACUACAUAUGUACAAGAAUUCCCCAACGGUGACCAAAGAAUCAUCUGCUACAGUGAAUGGCCUGACGGUCCGACCACCGAGAGUUACCAGGAAUAUUUGUACAACGUACUGUUUAUGAUCGUCACUUACUUCUUGCCAAUCUGCUCAAUGAGCUUUACCUACGUCAGAGUGGGUCUGGAGCUGUGGGGGAGUCAGAGCAUCGGAGAGGCCACGCAGCGACAAAUGGAGAACAUCAAGUCCAAGAGGAGAGUAGUGAAGAUGAUGAUAGUAGUGGUGUUGAUCUUCGCCGUAUGCUGGCUGCCGUUCCACAUCUACUUCAUCAUCACCUCACAUAUACCGGAGAUCACCAACUCCCCCUACAUACAGGACAUAUUCCUCUUCAUCUACUGGCUAGCCAUGUCCAACUCUAUGUACAAUCCCAUCAUAUACUGUUGGAUGAAUAUGAGGUUCCGACGUGGGUUCAAGCAGUUCUUUUCCUGCUGCCCGUUCAUACACCUGACGCCGGACGGUCUGACACGACGAGAGGCGGUCACCAGUAGAUACAACAGCUGUUCCGGCAGUCCAGAGGCUCACUAUCGCAUCGUGCGCAACGGAGCUGUCCAGCCCGGGUCUAUAGAGACAGGUCUGACGGCGCUAGGGGACUCACCCUCCUACUACCAUCACACUGCCGGCUACAGGGCGCGACGACGCUGGAAGAACAAUGGCACCGACUCUUGACAGGAGAGUCGCAGGGCGGCUCGUGUCCAGACCUGGAUAUAGCAGCUCUGCCAGACCACACUAACUUCGCUGCAGAGAUUUGUAUUGUUAAUACCAACCUGUUUGUUUUUAAACCUAUUUUAAAACUAUUUGUUUGUAUAAACUGGCAUACAUAACAUGUACUUUUGUAUAUAGUCGAAGAAUCAGUCUAUUGUAAAAUAGUUUUUACUGAACACACAUGCCAGACAUCAUAUCAUGUACAUAUUUAGACAACCGACAUUAUUUUGAUCAGUACAAAACUCUGCAUCAAAGUCCGAUGCCUAUUUGAGGCAACAUCUACAUGACUUGUAUGAUAUUGCUGUCAGUUCCUCUAACGUAUCGUUACCUCUGCUAUAGAUUACAAUAUAUAUUUAUACUGUGCAAGGUGUAUAUCUGUGAUCACACUCGACGGGUUUCGUGUAAAUAUUACCACCAUUAUAUAUAAUGUAUUUCCACUAUCUAUCAAACUCAUAGCACAAAGAAGGGACAAUGGUUUAUAUUUUAAAUAUAUUUCUACGAUAAAAUAUGAAGCUUUAUAUUUCGAGCCCUAAAGGUUACUACUUUCUAACAUAUUUGACAAAAAACCAUUUAAAAUAUUGUAAUUCAAAUAAUUAAGAAGUAAAUGGUAAGAAGUAAGAAGUAUAAUCUAAAGAAAUUGGUUCAUACGUUUAAUUUUCUGUAUCCAAACAUGUAAUUAGUGCUAAUCAAUCUUAGUUCAAUCUUUCUAUCCUUGAAGUUAAUUUAUUUCCUAUUUAUAAAACAGAUUGACUUUAACUGUCCGUACCUUUUUGUAAUGUUUAAAUGUUUUCUCAAUUAGUUCAAUCUGUACGUUAUUUUCAGAAUAAUACACUUUUCAAUUU